GAACGGCAGCUCGCAGGAGGAGCUCUCCCUGUGGGACGUGCAGAUCCUGCCCAAUUUCAACGCCAGUUACCUGCCCGUGAUGCCCGACGGCUCCGUGCUGCUGGUGGACGAUGUCUGCCACCACUCUGGGGAGGUCCCCGUGGGCGCGUUCUGCCGUGUCCCCGGCUGCCACUGGCGGUGGCCGUGUCCCCUCAGCGCCCUGGAGGAGCAGAACUUCCUGUUCCAGCUGCAGGCGCCCGAGCGGCCCCCGCGCGACGGCAGAGAGGGCCUGGAGGUGCCGCUGGUGGCCGUGGUGCGCUGGUCAACACCCAAACUGCCCUUCACCAACAGCAUCGUCACCCACUACCGGCUGCCCAGCAUCCGGCUGGAGCGGCCGCGCUUUGUCAUGACGGCCACCUGCGAGUCGCCGGUGGUGGCCCUGCAGCGCUUCACCGUCACCUACACCCUGCUCAACGAGCUGCAGGACUUCCUGGCCGUCAGACUGGUGUGGACACCCGAGGCCACUGCUGGGAAGGCUCGGGGGGCUCUGGACUCCGUGGUUUGUCACACCCCCCUGACCAACCUGGGCUACUCGCGCAAGGGCAGCGCCCGAACCUUCCGGGUGGCGUUCCAGGCGCUCAGGGCCGGGCUCUUCGAGCUGUCCCAGCACAUGAAGCUGAAGCUGCAGUUCACGGCCAGUGUGAGCAGUGCCCCCCCCGAGGCGCGCCCCGUGUCCCGCAAGAGCAGCCCCAGCUCUCCGGCCGUGCGGGAACUGGUGGCCGGGCUGGGCCGCUCCCAGUCCUUCUCCCACCAGCAGCCGGCCAGGAGCCACCUCAUGAGAUCCGGCAGUGCCAUGGAGCGCCGCGCCAUCACGCCCCCCGUGGGGUCCCCCGUGGGGCGCCCCCUGUACCUGCCCGCGGGGGACAGGGCAGUGCUGGCGCUGGACAAGAUCGCCAAGAGAGAGUGCAAGGUGCUGGUGGUGCCACCCGUGCAGUGACACUGGGACACCUUGGGGACACCAUGGGGACAUGGGGACAGCUGGGGACACCUUGGGGACACCUUGGGGACAUGGGGACACCAUGGAGAGAGUGCAAGGUGCUGGUGGUGCCACCCGUGCAGUGACACUGGGGACACCAUGGGGACAUUGGGGACACCUUGGGGACACUGGGGACACCUUGGGGACAAUGGGGACACCAUGGAGAGAGUGCAAGGUGCUGGUGGUGCCACCCGUGCAGUGACACUGGGGACACCUUGGGGACAUGGGGACAUUGGGGACAUUGGGGACACCAUGGGGACACCAUGGAGAGAGUGCAAGGUGCUGGUGGUGCCACCCGUGCAGUGACACUGGGGACAUGGGGACAGUUGGGGACAGCUGGGGACAGCCCUUGGGGACACCUUGGGGACAUGGGGACACCAUGGAGAGAGUGCAAGGUGCUGGUGGUGCCACCCGUGCAGUGACACUGGGGACACCAUGGGGACAUGGGGACAGCUUGGGGACAUGGGGACAGCUGGGGACACUGGGGACACCAUGGGGACGCUGGGGACAGCUUGGGGACACCAUGGGGACAGCCAGGGGACAGCUUGGGGACACCAUGGGGACACUGGGGAUAUUUGGGACACCAUGGGGACGCUGGGGACAGCUGGGGGACAAUCAGGACAGCCAGGGGACAGCUUGGGGACUGCUUGGGGACAAUCAGGACAGCCAGGGGACAGCACUGGGGUGGCACAGACUGUGCUGGGACAGCUUGGGGACACUGUGGGGACAGUGGGGAUGGUGCUGGGGCACUGGGGACAGUUUGGGGACAUUGCCAGGGUGGCAGGGACACCGCUGGGAUGGCACUGGGACAGUUUGGGGACAGUGGGGACAGGGCCACCCCCAGUGUCCCCAGAGCCACUUCCAGGAUGUUGGGGACAUUGGGGACAGGGACCAAGGGGACAAAGCCACCCUCAGUGCCACCUUCAGCACCUUGGGGACAAUGGGGACAGUGCCACCCCCGGUGUCCCCAGUGGGACAGGGACCAAGGGGACACCCCCAGAGCCUUGGGGACAAUGGGGACAAUGGGGACAGUGCCACCACCAAAGUGUCCCCAAAGCCAGGUGACAAUGGGGGGGUCGCUGCCACUGCCACGUGCCAUGGAGGGGACCUUGGGGACACCCUGGGGACACUUUGGGGACACAGCCUGGAGCUGUGCCCAUGUUUGGGGUCGGGAUUUUGGGGACAUUUGGGGACAUUGGGGGGGUGUCCCCGAGCCAAAGCGGGGGAGGGGAGGGGUUGGGGACAUUGGGGACAAGGGUGGCACCUCUGUCCCUGUUAUUUAUUGCCAAUAAAGAGACCUGGA